UCAAACACAACUAAAAUUCUGAAAUAUAAUAGCACACCAAAUAUGAUGGAAGAAAAUAAAAGUGGUGAAAAGAUGAAACUUGAAGAUAUUCACGAAAUGAUGAUGAUGAAAAGGUUGGACAAGCUCAACGUAAUCGAAGACAAGCUUAAAACUUUGAACAUGAUAUCAAAGAAGUAA